CGUAGGGUUGUAGUAAUCGAUGCAAUGAACAUACUAGCAAUAAUUGGCUACAUGUGUUUUGCAAAUAUUUCUCUGUUUUUGUCUAAGGGACUAUGAAAUACAAUUUGUUAAUGCCAGAUAUUCGCUCGCAAGCAUUCAGUCGAGACAGAUUUUCUUUGUAGGUUAUCUCGGUCGUUGGUUUUGGUGACGAAGAAGACAGGUUUCACAGGCGCAUUUUAUCUUACAACCACUGAAGCAAUGAAGGUGACUGUGGAUUUUGAAGACUGCCUGAAAGAUUCUCCACGAUUCCGGGCAACCAUCGAGGAGGUGGAAGGAGAUGUGGGGGAGUUAGAGUCCAAAUUAGACAAGCUGGUGAAGCUUUGUAUUGGAAUGAUUGAUGCUGGAAGGGCGUACAUCAUGGCUAACAAGCAGUUUGUUAAUGGCAUCAGAGACCUUGCCCUGCAGUCUACCAGAGAUGUUGUUAUUGAGGCAAGUCUAACCAAGUUUGCGGAAAGUCUACAGGAGAUGAACAACUAUCACACCAUUUUAUUUGAUCAAGCCCAGAGGUCUAUCAAGUCUCAACUCCACACCUUUGUCAAGGAGGACCUCCGUAAGAUUAAAGAAACAAAGAAGCAGUUCGACAAGGUCAGUGAGGAGAAGGAAGUGGCCCUGGUGAAGAACUCCCAGGUGCCCCGUAACAAGACGCAUGAGGUGGACGAGGCCACAAACAUACUCACCACCACGCGCAAGUGCUUCCGCCAUAUUGCCCUGGACUACGUGCUACAGAUUAAUGUCCUCCAAUCAAAAAGACGAUCUGAAAUCUUAAAAUCGAUGCUGUCUUUCAUGCAAGCUCAUCUAAGCUUUUUCCACCAAGGCUAUGACCUAUUUAGUGAACUCCAGCCUCUUAUGGAACAGCUGGGCAUACAGCUGGAUCAGCUUGUGGUUGACGCUGCAAAAGAGAAAAGAGACAUGGAGCAAAAGCACUCUACUAUUCAACAGAAGGACUUAUUUAAUGAAGACACUAAGUUAGAGUACAAUGUAGACACGGACAAUGGAAUUGCAAUGGAAGGGUAUCUCUUCAAGAGAGCCAGCAAUGCAUUUAAGUCAUGGAACAGGAAAAAAGCUGAUAAUAACAGGCGCUGGUUUUCAAUUCAAAACAGCCAGUUGGUUUAUCAAAAGAAAUUUAAGGACAAUCCCACGGUGGUUGUGGAAGACCUGCGAUUGUGCACGGUUAAACAGUGUGAGGACAUUGAGCGGCGCUUCUGCUUUGAAGUGGUUUCUCCUACAAAGAGCUGCAUGAUGCAGGCGGACUCUGAGAAGCUACGGCAGGCCUGGGUGAAAGCCGUGCAGGACAGCAUUGCCACCGCCUUCAGGGAGAACGGAGACGAGCCCCUGACAAGGCUAGACCGCAAGUCGUCCGCAUCUCUGGGCAGUCUGGAUUCGGGGGGUGACACCAGGUCCAUGAAGGGGGAGACCGCCCUCCAGAGGGUCCUGGCCAUACCGGGCAACGACACCUGUGCUGACUGUGGCCAGCCUGAGCCCCGGUGGGCCAGCAUCAACCUGGGCAUCACACUCUGCAUCGAGUGCUCUGGCAUCCACAGGAGUUUGGGCGUGCAUAACUCCAAAGUCAGAUCGCUCACACUAGACUCUUGGGAACCCGAACUGCUAAAGUUAAUGUGUGAGCUUGGAAACGGACUCAUCAACCAGAUCUAUGAGGCCCGCAGAGAGGAGAUGGGCAGCCGAAAACCCCAGCCUGGGGACUCGCGGCAGGAGAUUGAGGCCUUCAUCAGAGCCAAAUACAUCGACAGGAAGUUCGUCCUGAAGCUCUCCCCCAUGGAGCAGAGGGCCAGGAUCAUCAGCCUGAGCAAGCAGGACAAGCGGCCUAGAAGCUGCGCUGAGUUCCUAGUGCCACGACCUCCGCCGCCCACCCCAAAACUCCGCACUGCCUCCAGCACCUCAGUGAGGAGUGCAGACAGUGGCAUACAAAACAGUGCGGAUGGCAGUCGAGAGAUGUUGGCCUCAACGCCGUCUAGUAACAGUCUCAAGCCCGAGCCUGAGUCCCCGGUGGUGCCGUUGCAGCGAGUCGAGUCCCCGCCGGUCUUCUCCGAGCUGACGGACUUCUCCUCCGACCUGCUGCUCUACUGGGCCUCCUGCGCCUGCCGGCUGCCGGACAUGGCGGAGGCCAUGGCACACGGCGCAGACGUCAACUGGAUCAACACCGAGGACAGCAACCGGACACCCCUCAUACAGGCCGUCCAGGGGGGCUCCCUGGUCACUUGUGAGUUCCUGCUCCAAAACGCUGGUAACGUGGACCAGCAGGACAUCCGGGGACGAGGCCCUCUACACCACGCCACUAUUCUAGGACACACGGGACAAGUGUGCCUGUUUCUGAAGAGAGGGGCCAAACAAAAUGCUGUUGACACCGAUAGCAGGACGCCCUUGUCGAUCGCUGUGGAGGCUGCCAAUGCUGACAUAGUCACCCUGCUGCGGCUGGCCAAGAUGAAUGAAGAGAUGAAGGACACGGAGGGAGCGUUUGGCCAGCCAGGAGAUGAGACCUAUCAAGACAUCUUCCGUGACUUCUCUCAGAUGGCAUCUAAUGAGCCUGAUAAGCUGAAGCGCUUUUAACCGUUAGCGGAGACAACACUACAUUACAUGAGGAAUCCAGCACAGCAUCAGUCUCAGGAAUGCAUCCAUGGGAACCACGACAACACUGUGGUGUCACUGUCAUGGCCAAAGACACAGUCAGUUUUGGACCAAACAGCAUCAAGGCUGAAGCUGACUCCUCAUCAGGGCUGGACUGGCCAUCUGACAUAGCGGGCAUUUUUUGGGCCCCUAUUUUCAGAAAUGUGAAGAAAAAAAAGAAAAAAAGAAGAAG